GCCUGCUUCAGUGUGGUAAAAACAUUUACGUUUUUAUUAACGUUUUUAUUGUUGUGAUUUAGACGCUUGUUAACACCCAGGAAGUCUAAAUAUGACUUAACUGCACUGCAUCACAUACUUACCCUAGGUCAUCUUUAAUUCGCGUUGGAGACGGGGCUUGGUUGAUAGAUGUUAUCUAGAUAGCUGCUAACAAUGGCUAACUGUAUGGUUUUUCACACUCAAAUAGCCUCCAUCAUGGAGCUGCUAGCAAAUGCAGCCGUGGCAGAGAUCUGUAAACUCGUAGACGACGACUAUGCAGUGUUUCGUGUGGAAAUAACUCAAAGCCAGAAAGAAAACAGGGCAUUGCGGAGAAAACUACUGGAACUGAAGGUGGCACGGGAGCGCGCAGAGAGGACAAUGCGAGAGCGCGUCCUCGCCAGUCGUUCCAGUAGUGUCAAGAUCCUCGAUCGAUACAGAGGAAUGGCAAGAGGUGAAGGACAUCUCACUGGAGGACACAGGAUCUCUGUGAAGCCAGUGGGACACAAUACAUGGAGAGAUGACCAACCAAUCACUGUUGAUGAGGGGAGUAGAACCUCAACCCAGCACGUUAUUGUGAUAGAGUCUGCAGAGGCUGCAGGUCCUGGGGUCAAGCUAGAGAGAUCUGAAGGAGAUGAGUGCCCACAGCACAGCAGAGAAAUCCAGACUGGGGUGGAUGGAGCGCCCCUUGUAGCCACGGAGGACCCCACCACUGCCCCAGCGCAGCCCAAGACCCAAUGCAGUAUCACAGAGGUCAGUGGAACGCCGAACGCCAUCCUCAAGUCAGAGGCAGACACCGAGACUUUAACUGUAACACACAGGCUUUUACACACAGGAUCUGACCACAGAUCAGACCCAGAGAGGCUGAGGAGACUGGCCUGUCCUCCUGCUCCUGGCUCAGAGUAUAUACCGGUAUUUCCCCAUAGCCAAAGGAUAGUUCAUUCCCAUGGUGAUAGUGACGUGUUAGACACUGGCGGUGAUGAUCCGUCUUGUUCUUACACUACAGAAAUGGACCCUGGCAACAUGCCCUUGGGAUUAGAGACACAGACUGAUCUGUCUAGAGGGAACUGGAACCUGUACAGUAGUAGUGUAUACUCUGAACAGUGCCUAAAUAAGAAAGGGGAGGGUCUGGUCGUAGAUGAGGUGACUGUGAAAGUGGAGGGCGAUGUUCCUCCCACAUGGAAUCCAGAUAGUCACCUAGGAGACGGACACUCACAGGGCAGAUAUUGCUUAGAUUACAGGGGAAACUUAGAGACAAAUCCAAUAGUCGCAACCCACUCCCCUUUACACUCAUUCAGGGAUCGUGAGCCAGUGUCCACCUCAAUGGGGCAUUCCGAUUCAAACGGCCUCGUCCCUUUCGAUCAGGUAUUGAACUCAAACGACAGGGCUAGAGCCCAGGCUCCGGGAGGAGGAGCAACAUCAGGCAAUAUUAAAGAGAAACGGUUCCUCUGCAUUUUCUGUAACAAAGGCUUCAGCUGCUCCCAGAAGGUGGAGAUCCACCAGAGGGUCCACACAGGGGUGAAACCCUACAGCUGCCCCCAGUGUCACAUGCGCUUCACCCAGGCUGGUGACCUGAAGAGGCACCAGAGGGUCCACACAGGGGAGAAACCCUACAGCUGCCCCCAGUGUCACAUGCGCUUCACCCAGGCUGGCAGCCUGAAGAGGCACCUGAAGGUCCACACAGGGGAAAGGCCGUUUGCCUGUACGCAUUGCGGGAAGAGGUUCCCAGAGAGGACCUACCUCAGGAUACACCAGCAGAAAAACCAUCCCACUCUAUAAAAUGUAAACCAUUCUACUUUAUAGCUUAUUACAUUUAGAUCAAACCCUGCAUCAAAGACAGAUUCAUUUUCAUUGUUGUCUGCAGAAAAGAUCCACAGAUGCAUUUGGAAUAAUGAGAUUAACAGAUUUCAGUGUUGAAUAUUACUGGUUAGAAUAUUGCAUCCAGACAUUGUGUGAUAUAUAAGCCUAAAAAGUCUGUUACAUAGUGUUUGUACUGAAUAGUCUAUAUGAUGUUAGGAAAUGCCUGUUUCAUUUUUAAUUAUGUAUUUAAAAUGUGUUUAUGUUCAAUAGAAUGAAAAGUCCCAUUUUGGUGAUUCUUUAGUAUUCGGUACCAGUCAAAAGUUUGGAAACACCUACUCAUUUAAGGGUUUCUUUAUUUUACUAUUUUCUACAUUGUUGAAUAAUUGUUUAGACAUAAACUAUACAAUAACACAUGUAGUAACCAAAAAACAAAAAAAGUGUUAAACAAAUAAAUAUGAGAUUCUUCA